AUGCGCAUCUUUAUUUUUACAACAAACAAGAUAAAUGCUAUUUCUCUUAUUAGCCUCUUCGACAAUAAAGAAAUUGCAUACACGAUUUCCUCUGAUAUUACGCAGCUCACCGGCGACUAUGAUGUGCUAAUAGUUCCUGGUGGCACUGCAAAACGUUAUCAAGUACAUUUAAGAGAGAAUGGUAUUACAUUGAUUCAAAAUUUUGUUGCCAAUGGUGGAGGCUAUCUGGGACUUUGUGCUGGUGCAUAUCUCGCCUCGAUGAACGAUAUAGAAAAUCGAAAAAAUGUCGGUAUAGGCCUCCUUCCAGUUCGAUACUCUCUCUAUGGUUCUAACGCAAACAUUCGAGCUAAUGUAACGUUGACCGAUGCUGAGACGAACACGACCUACAAAACAACGUAUCAUAAUGGUGCUGUCUAUCAAACGGAUCAGUUACCAACAAACGUGACAGUGUUAGCAACGAUUACUGAUACCGACAGUUCAAAUUCAAAGUUUCACGAUUUUCUUAAAAACAAAGCUACGAUCAUUGAAGGUACUUAUGGUAAAGGACGUGUCGUUCUGUGCGGACCACAUAUCGAAGUAAAUGCGAAAGCCUAUCUAUUUUCUUUGAUCAUGUCACUUGUUCAUCGUUGA